AUGCUCAUGUGGCAUCUAUGCCAGCCAGGCGAGAGGGAUAUCGUUGUCGUCCAAGCACGAACCCUAACCCCCUCACAAAUCUCGACGAGGCGCAGGAGACCCAAUCACAAGGCGGGCCUCCAAACGUGCACACGCGGAACGCUGCUCCGCAUAGGUUUGGGGAAAUGGCGACGGUCUGGGUCGGAUAGAGAGACGCAGCAAGCAGAGAUGAGUCGUGUCACCAUCCCUACGUCCAGGCGACCAAGAAAUGAGAAGCCCUUGGCAGGUGCAACUCCAGAAAAGUCCCACGCACAAGCAAUGCCAACCAUGUCAAACGAGCUUGAUUAUCGAUCUGCAUCGCUGGGCCGGUCAAGCACAACUACAGCAAUAGAAUCCACAAGCAAACGAUCAUCAUUCUCGAUACCGAGCAAAAAGCAAAAUCAAAAGCUGACUGAGUUGCGCCCGAAAGGCCCACUGGUCCUUGUCGCCCCGGCAAGCUCAAUUGAAUUCAAACGAAAGCAGCAUGCACAAGCGCAGAAGCUGCAGCGGGACCGCAUGAAAUCCGCCUUAGACCGCAUGGCGCGGAUGCUGGCGACGGGCACUGGUGGUGUGCAUGCAGGGACAGCAAGUUGUGGGACGAAGGCAGAAUUAGUCGAGGCAGCCGUAGAAUAUAUCGAACGGUUGCAUGGACAGCUUGAGGAGCUGAGGGCGAGCCACGCGACUGAGCGUACUAGUAUCAACGCCAAGCAGGCCAAGAGCCCAUACGAAAGAAGUAGAGAGGAUACAGACGCCCAAAUCACGGGCUUCCCCGAGGAUGGACCACGUUUUCCGUUCAUGGACCGUGAUUGGUCUCGUUGGCCCUCCAAGUGA